CAUGUUUUCGUGGUACCAAAUCUGUGUGACUGUCAAAUGUCAGCGAUAGACACGGUAUUCCUGGGAUUUUAGUUUCAUUGUGUUUUUAAAGCAGUCAUAAAGAUAACAACGAUGAGGUGAAACUAAAUUUAUCUCGAAGGUCGUUACACUGCCGAUCAAGUUGGUGAUAAAAAGAAAAAAAUGCUUCUCCAUGGCGUAUAUUCCCAAGCACCAGGUCCCUCUUUUUAGUGCGAGAGACGAUUCUCAAAAAUGAAUGCCAUGAAACGGUUCCUGCUUGGCUCUAGUAGCCAAGCUGCACAGACAGAAACUAGUCAGCAGGCUGGAGCAAAUGCCUAUCCUCCAGUUGCCAAUCAGGCCACAACAGAAAUUGUUAUGGGCAUUAAACCCUCCCCAUCUCAGCACGCAGCCCUCAGCCUCACACAUUUACGUAAAUUGUUUUCCGAUUUCAACUCUGUCUCGACACAAACGAUGACAGAAGCGGAGAGGGAGAGCAGGAUCUACAGCAUGCUGCCCCUCUUCUGCCGAGUCUUCUCCCACUGCCCGGCAGCAGAAAUGCUGGAAAAGUUUCCAGAAGUGGGCGGAUUCUGCCAGCAAGUCUCUCGUCUGGCCGUCUCUGAAAUAAGACGACGGGCGUCGAAUCAAUCGACUGUGGCUGCUAGCCAGGCCAUCGCCAGUUUCCUGGAAAUGGAAGAAUUCAGCACGAAUGCUACCCAAGAAUCGAAUGGAAACGGUUGGAUGUUGUUGACUUGCCUCAAUCUACUCUCACUGGGUGGUCCGGGAUUAAUCGAAAUUAUGACGGCUGCGUCUGUACCUUCAACAUUAGUCAAGUGUCUCUACCUAUUUUUUGAUCUUCCCGAUCUGGAAAACCCCGACACUAAUCCUCCAGGCUGUGAAUUCACUCCCAGGGAACGGAGGCAACUCUUACAAAAAUCAUUCGGCCAGAUGCUUAUCCGCUUGUGCAGCGUACCAGCAGCCACCGAAGAGUUGGCCAGGAAAGAUGAUUUGACGCUUCUAUUUUCAGCUCUGAGUUCGUGGUGCCCACAGCACAAUCUUCUAUGGAGGAAAAAUGCAAAUGAGGUGCUGGUUGUAUUAACUAGACACGGUUUAACGGCAAUCGUCCUCGGAUACAUACACAACAAGGGAUGCGUUUCGCUGUGCGUGGAAAAUAUGCAAAAGGCCUCUGGCGAUUUGUUGCCAUUGGAAGUGGUGGAAAUGUUUGCGACCGUCUUUUGUCUUCUGAAAGAUUCUGCCGAUGUAACACAAACGCUUUUGGAUGAUUUUCGGAGUUGUCAGGGCUACAACUUUUUAACAGAGUUUAUGCUCAGGGCGGAGCACGACACGGUGGUAGAAUCUCAAGAAGCCUUGAGGAAUUUAGUUUUCUUGGUUUCUUCGCUGAGCACUUGCGGCUUCCACGAAGUCCGCCCGAUGGCCUUUUCAACAGGAUCUCUCUUUCAGUUGCCAAACUUUUCAAUCCCCACUCCUUUAGGCAAAGGGUCAAGUGUGAGGAACAUCCCAGCUUUCCAGGUGUUGCACAGCGCGUUCAUCAAAUCGACGACGUCAGCCCUCGCGUCUGUCAUUCUGGACGCAAUUUCGACGAUAUUCCACUCGGAUCCAGCCAAUUAUUUUAUUCUAGAGUCGCAAAACACGUUGAAUCAGUUUGCAGAGAAAAUUCAUUUGAAAGGAGUUGAAGUUCAGGAGAAAUACUUUCGGCUUUUGGAAUUUGUGGUUUUCCAAUUGAAUUAUGUGCCCUGCAAGGAACUAAUUUCCCUAUCGCUUUUGCUGAGGAACCACGCAGCCAAUUACACGCAGUGCAGUAUUCAGUGCAUGGUUGUCCUUCUCACGAUUCUCAGGCAUCACGCUAUUUUUAAGGACGUCUAUCGUGAGGUCGGCUUAUUGGAAGUGCUCGUGACUUGCCUACAGCGUUUCGCCACCGUCAUGAAACUCAAGUCGGACGAUGUGAAACACGUGAUGAAUGAACCGGACAGAGAGAAAGAGCUGGGCUAUUUAGUGAUGGAAUGUCUUGGUGUUUUGUUGGUGGGCAACGCCAACAAUGCGGCCGUCUUCCGAGAGUCGGGCGGCGCCCGCUGCGCCCACAAUCUCAUCCCUUUUACCGACUGCCGCAGAGAAGCUCUUUGUCUGGUGCAACAACUCGUGUUGAGCACGGGCGGUGAUGAUGAUAUGGGAACUGUUCUCGGCUUAUUGCAAUCAGCUCCUGCAACCGACCUGCCUCUUAAAAUGGAUAUUUUAAAGUCUCUUUUAACGUGUUUGAGAGAGAGCCACAGGACGAGGACAAUGUUCCGUAAAGUGGGCGCAUUCGUGUACAUCAUGUCGGCGCUGGUGUCGAUGGAAGGUUGCCUAAACCCUCGUCCAGCUAACGCACCGUCCAGCUCCAACUGGGAGAACGUGGCUCCGCAAGAAAUCUUGCGAUUUCUUCAUAUGAUUUUCAACACGCUGUGCGUGGCCAUGCGAUACGAGCCGGCCAACGCUAAAUUCUUCCAGCAAGAGAUUUGCGGCCCGUCUCUCUGCGACACGAUACGUUUGCUGGGCUGUUUCGAUCAGCACAGGACAUUUGAUUCACCCGACGUUGAAACUGACCAGCCUGAAAUGGCAAGGAAUGCCCAACACAGUGGAUUGCAUCAAGUGUUUAAUCGUGGAGUUCAAGAAUUUGAGGAGGAGGACGUGAAAGGUGAGAAUCGUUCGCUCGUGAACGCCACGCUGGUGAUGCGAUUGCUCUACGAUUUGGCCGUGGACUCGUACGACCGAGCGCAAACAUUGCCCGUCUGUUGCGCGGCCGACGGCAAGAACUUGCAACGCAGCAAAAGUAGCGAUGAUGGCGUCGUUCUCAGACGUCCGCUCAGUUUCAAUCCGAUCAAUUCGAACCCGGAUCCGAUUCUAGUCCAUCCGGGCGUCGUUUUGGCCAUGUUCCAGCUGUUACCUUCCAUUUGGACGCCAGAAGACGUCCGGGCCAGCGUCGCUCUCCAAUUACUCGUCACGGACAUAAUCCAGUCGUUGACGCAUUCCGAACGCAACGUCCAGAUCCUCUGCGACGCCGGAUUUCCCUAUGAGGUUCUCAAGCACGCGGGCACGGUCCUCAACAACGAAUCUCUUCAUUUGCACGGCCCUCUACUUACCGUGCUGGAACAAUUGGCCCGUCAGGCUCUAGAGCCUAAGGAUUUGAGAUGUUUUUUGAGAAUGGGCAAUCCAUUAAAUUGCCUCCUACCGGAAUUGAGUGGCUCUCCUUCAGAUGGCAAUGGAGCAGCUCUUCCGCUAUUUCGUUUGAAAUCGCUCGUGUCCAUGUCGACACCCAAAGAUGUGGGACGAGGUGGGCAUCAAGGAGUGGCAUUUUCGCCUCCGCCAUUCGUCGAAUUCGACAUGCAACCCGAAGGAUUCGGAUGCCUCUUUCUUCCCUCCGUUGCACCUCAAUGUCAACUGGGAGGCGGUACGUCGAGUAGCGGAGGAGCUGGUGGUGCUGGCCAACCUGUUUCAGGUCAGAGCGGCUCGUCCAGCCAAGUGAUUAUGGGCGGUGUGGGUAGCGGGGGCGAUCGGGUCUUCCCCGCUCCGACGGGCAUGAGUUACUCCACCUGGAUCUGCGUCGACAAAUUCAGCGACCCGCGGCUGGACCCGCACGGCAUCCGCCUCUUGACGCUCGUCAGGAACGUCAUGGAACGGCCGGACGACAAUCUCGUCUGUCUCAGCGUCGUUUUGUCGCCCAGGGACAAGGCGCUCCUCGUCAGCACCCAGGAGACUCCUCUACCCAAAGGAUCGAGCGACUGGGAGCCGGAAGUGUCGGGCGAUUUCGGUGCCAGAAUUUGGAACCCGGAUCUGAUCCAGGAAGGUCACUGGCACCACCUGGCCUUGGUCUGGAGCCGGGCCGUUUUGAAAAAUUCACAAUUUUCACUGUACAUUGACGGCCAGCUGGUCUACACGGGCAAGAUGCACUACAUCUCUCAGAAUCCCGGCGGAGGCGCCGCUAAUUUAACUGUAGCCUCGUCCGUCUUUGGCUACAUCGGGACGGCCCCGUCGUGGCGACGCCAGUCGCGUCUCGUCUGGCGCCAAGGGCCGUGCCACCUGGUCGAAGACGCUCUCAAUCCUCAGGUUGUCCAGUGGAUCUACAAGAUCGGCCCGCACUACGUCGGCAGUCUCCAAGCGGCCCAGCUGCCCGGCUCGGCCGAACCGCUCUGCUCGCUCGUCAACGAAGAGCGCAUCGUUUUCGGUCUCAACGCCUCGGCCAUGAGUCCGUUGACGCUGGCCAAAAUCCGCAAAGUCUACAGGAAGACGGACAGCCGUUCGGUGGCCAAACAGCUGGGCAUGUCGUCUCACGAGAACGCGACGCCCAUCCGAUUAUUGCACAACGCGGCUGGACAUUUAUCCGGCCCGGCCCGUACACUCGGCGGCGUCGUCAUCGGCUACCUGGGCGUCCGCGUUUUCUGCCCGCGGCCCAUCUGCGCCACGAUGCAGGCCGUCGGCGGCUGCAACGUCCUUCUGGGAUUAGUGGCCAUGGCCACGGACGUCGAGAGCCUCUACGCGGCCGUCAAAGCUCUUGUCUACGUCGUCAAGUGCAACGGCCAGGCCCAGCACGAGAUGGAGCGCGUCCGCGGAUACCAGACGCUGGCGUACCUUCUGAAACGUCACAAGGCCUGGCUCAAUAAUCAUGUACUUCAGCUGAUCCUAGUCCUGGUCGGAUUCGAACAGCAAAACAACAAAGGCGGAUGCGAACCCAACAACAGCUUGGCCUUCAGAGAUCUAUUGGCCGAUCUUGAUGUUUGGAGGGAAACGGCUGAUGAUUUAUUAAAAGUGCUGUUUGACCUGUUUUACCGGAUGGCGGCUGAAAGUGGAUCGGAUGGCCGAAGUAACACGCGUUAUUUACGCGAUUUGAAUUUAGUUGGCCGUCUGGUGGAGAUCCUGCAUAACGAAAACGGGGCUAAUGCGUUACUCAGUUCCAGUGCCAGAGAAACCCUUUGGAACCUUCUCGGUUGGCUGUUGCACAACACGCCUCGUCCCAUCGAUCUUUUACUGUACGGUCAGUAUUUGGCAUCGACUCUGCCCGUCUGCAUUAACGACGAUAAGACGGGCGAUGAAGGCAAACUGGACGACAGUUCACCGGCUGCAUUGGUGGCCAGCAGGAACGAAGGCCUUAGCCUCCUCUUUAAAUUGCUCCUAGUGCACGAUAAAGGCGUCAUCAACCAAACAUUUGCUGAAGAAUUUCUACGAGUUUUAGGCUUUGAAUGGCUACUGCUUUUCUUGCAGCCGCAAGUCAAAUCAUCGACCGUCAUCUCGUCUGCCAAUUGCCUUUUGCUUUUGCUCUCCAAUCCGCAAUUCCUCGUUCGAUUCCGCGAGGGAGUCCACAUGGGAGCGGCGUGGACGCGUUCCAGAGAUCUCAUCACCUCUCAAGGAUUCAGUGGCAAUGUAGCCGCUGGCCCGCUGCGAUUAGUCGGCAGGACGUUUAGCGUCGCAUCGGACGACGUUGCCACAUCACCCAACAGCAGUUUGCAACAUCAACAGUUGCCAGGGUUCCAGUUGCUGGGCUGGAUGCUAGUCAACCACACCGCUCUGCCUGAAAUCUAUUACCUCAUCAUUGGAUUGAUGGUUGGCAAACCGCAGCUGAGGACUUCCAGCCAACUCGAUCUGGAAACUAUAUGUAGCUGUCUGUUUGGAGUCAGUCAAUCCCAACCUAUUGCAUCUCUGGGUGGACGUGGAGUGACCAUGUACUGCCCCGAGGCCAUAACAAUCCUUUUAACGAUGAUGCGGGCUAUUAUGAAUCCUGAAGACAACAGUGCCGACGAAGCGUCUAAUAAUUAUCCCAACGUCCUCCUCCAGUUCCUCUUUUACGUCUACAACAACGCGCCCGAUUACAUGUCCGUUUUUAUGACGUCGGAUCUAUUGAGCGCCAUGGUGGCCAGCCUCUUCCCCAUCGGCUCGCAUCAACAGCACAGCUUAAAUUCAGAGCCCAACACUCCGAUCGAAGAGUACAAUCGGCAGUUUGUCGUGGUGGAGAGCGCAAUCGAUGCUGGCAAGGAGCCGUUGACGUUCCACCGGGCCAAAAAGACGCUGAUGGACUUUUUGAGGACGAUCGUCAUCGACUCCCUCUCGCUGCCCAUCACUAACGGUGGGGCGAGCACUGCAGGCGGUAGCAACAUGAACCUGAGACCGGUGCCCAUCAUCGACGUCAUCAUGGAGGCCUGUCCGGACUCGGCCAGCUACAGCCAACAUUGCCAGUUCCAGACGGAAUUGUUGUCCAUUGUUAUGGAGUACUUGGCCUCGGCCGGCGUUAUUUUGGGAGAGCAGGGCGUCUUGCCCGUCGUCACCCAAAACGGAGGGAGCCUACAAAACGUGCCGACCAACGUCUUUUAUCUGGCCGGACGAUUGGUGGACAAACUGUGGCUGGGCGUCCUCACCAAAGACCCACAUCACGUGUUUGAUUUUAUCGUCCAGCUGAUCACGCAGGCCAAGAAGCGCAGCACGAGCACGGGCAGCCACAGCAACACGAGCAGCAAUUCAUCGGGUCUCGCUUCGCUCUCAUUGGAUAACAUUUACCGCUGUCUCAAUCGCUGCAUCCUCUACUUGUUGUCACGACCUGCUGACACGAUCAGCGAACAGAUGGCGUUGCUUGACGCCCUUCAUAAACUAACCAAUCACAGAAGCUUGAUUUUCGGAUCGGGCAAUCACGACCUGGAAUUUAUCGGCUGUUUGUGCUAUUGUCUCCUCCAGUUGACGUUGACGUUGAAAAUCUCGACGGAGCCGAGUAGGACGACGUGGCACGUCAGCGGAGAGGAAUCAGAGCCCGGCAGCAGCAUGAGAGAAGCCCAGCAUUUAGCAGCAGUGGCCGCCCAACGUGUUUGGGAAGAAUUGUACGUCAGUAAGAAACCCGCAGUGGAAGAGUCUUUCAAAAUCAGCUUGGGAGCCAACACGCAACACCGGGCGCCCAGCUUAGAACUGGUCAGAGAGCCGGCCUUGAAGUUGUGGUUGCAGUAUGUCGAAGCCGAACGUCGCUCGGCCUACCGGACCGUGUUGGAAGUGUCUACGCCCAAUCAGAUCCAAUCCAAGAUCCAGAAGGUGACGGGCGGAUUGACCCGCCUCACCAGCCGCUCGCUGACGAUGAAGAGCAGCAAGAAAGAAGAGGCGGCCAACGCCAUGAGCCGUCACAGUCACUCGAGCAACUCGUCCUAUUGCUGGGCCGACGUUUGGCUGUCCACGCAGUACCAGUUGUCCGGCCUGAAGGAGCAAUUGGAGCUGGAACGGAGGCAGCGGCAACAAGUCCAGCACGCCGAACAAUUCAACCGACUCAACUGGAAACGGGUGGAAGAGACGGAAUUACUCCGCGUCCGCGGCCUCUGGGGUCCGUCUCAAGAGUCUCGGGUCUUGACGAAAUGGAUGCUGGACAUGACGGAAGGCCCUUGCCGGAUGCGCAAGAAACUGACGGCCAACCCGCACUUUUACGCCCUCUAUCCGUACCGGCCGGAAUUGGAGCUGGCCGAGAACAAGUCGCUCCGCUACAAAGUGGCCACCAGUCUCGACGCCAAAGAACAUUUCAAAUUGUACUCGAAAUGGAGGCAGAGUUUAUUAUUGGAAGAGGAUCAAGUGGACCAGGUCCAUCCGGCCCAGCAGAUCGAGUCAUUGGUGGAGGAGAACGCCGAAUUGGCCGGCGAAACAGCCAUGCUGGCCACUCCGCAAUUGCAGGACCUCCCUCAAUUGCUGCGACCUAUUAAAAGAGAAGUGCAAGCCAAUCCAUUAAUGGCCGAUAUCGACGAAGAAGUGGAACUGAUUGGAACGAGUCCGGCCACGGACGAACCUCUGACGUCGGCCGUCGCUUCCUCUGCCCAUCAGCAACCGCAGGAUUGGCAGAAUCUGAUGCGAUUGUUGGAAGAAAACGAAAAGAUUGGCCACCUCUUCCGUUCGGCCCGCGUCCAAGGCCUUGAGACAGUCGACGGCCUCCUCCUAUUCGGCAAAGAGCAUUUGUAUGUGGUGGACGGAUUCACUCAGACGCCGUCGCGCGAAAUCCGCGACAUUUCCAACUUCCCGUCGGGCACGUUCGAGCCGAUCGUGCCGCCGUACACGACGCCCGGCUACGGCAGCAGCGGCAGCAGCAACAGCAACAAGCAAGAAUUGAAGGCUGUCCAUCAGUGCUCUCGACUGGGCUACGAGGACGUCCGUGAAGUCCACAAGCGCCGCUACCUCCUCCAGCCCAUCGCCCUGGAAAUUUUCAGCAACGACGGACGCAACCAUUUGCUGGCCUUCCCGCCCAGCGUCCGCAAUAAAGUCUACCAGCGUCUCCUGGCCACGGCCACGGGUCUGUCCGACUCGGCCAGUCAAUCUGUAGCCGGGCAGAAACGGGCGGCCAAUGUGGAACAAUCUGCCGGCCUUUUAUCGACAAUGACGGCCGGGCUGAUGGGCGAAACGUCGGUGACUCAGCGCUGGGUCCGCGGCGAAUUGUCGAAUUUCCAGUACUUGAUGCACCUCAACACUUUGGCCGGCCGUUCCUACAACGACCUGAUGCAGUACCCCGUCUUCCCCUGGGUCCUGGCCGACUACGACUCGCCCGAGCUGGACUUGUCCCGCCCAGACACUUUUCGCGAUUUAUCCAAACCGAUGGGCGCCCAGACGGCCGACCGUCUCCAGCAGUUCCGCAAACGCUACAAAGAGUGGGACGAUCCGCACAACGAGACGGGCCCUUACCACUACGGCACUCACUAUUCCUCCGCCAUGAUCGUCUGCUCUUAUCUGGUCCGUCUCGAGCCGUUUACCCAGCAAUUUCUCCAGUUGCAGGGCGGACAUUUCGACCUGGCCGACCGGCUGUUUCAUUCCGUGAGGGAAGCCUGGUGGUCGGCUGCCCAGCUGAACAUGGCCGACGUUAAAGAGCUGAUCCCCGAAUUCUUUUACCUGCCGGAUUUCCUCGUCAACGCCAACCGGUUCGAUCUGGGAUGUAAACAGAGCGGCGUCGCCCUGGACGAUGUCGUCCUCCCUCCCUGGGCCAAAAACGACCCAAGGGAAUUCAUCCGGCUGCACCGGGCCGCCCUGGAGAGCGACUACGUCUCUCAGCACCUGCACGAAUGGAUCGAUCUCAUCUUCGGCUACAAGCAGCAAGGCCCUCCGGCCGUCGAGUCCGUCAAUUUGUUCCAUCCGCUCUUUUACGAGGGCAACGUGGACAUUUACAGCAUCGAAGACCCGUUGAAGAAGAACGCCGUCAUCGGAUUCAUCAACAAUUUCGGACAGACGCCCAAACAGCUGUUCAAAAAGGCCCAUCCCAGCAAGAAAGUGGGUGGAGCGGGCAGUCGAAUGAGCGGAUUGGAAAUGGCCUUGCCUUUAGCUGGACAGGCGGCCAUGCAAAUUCUGCCCUUGUUGCCGUCGGCAUCGGGAUUCCAUUCGGCCGGGUCGGGUGCAAGUGGCGCCUCUGCCGAGGCUUUUUUCCACCACGUCGACCAUCUCAGUCCGUCUCUGCAGGCCGUCAAGGAGCUGAAACGGCCCGUCGGGCACAUGGUAGGCGCCGAGCGCGGUUCGUCGGUCGUGGCCGUCGAGGAGAACAAGUGCCUCCUGCCGCCCGGCUACACGCGAUGCGUCGCUUGGGGCUACGCCGAUCACUCGAUCCGUCUGGUCCCGCACGACUCGGACAAGGCCUUGAUGGUCUGCGAGACGCCGUUCCACCAAGAGAUUCUCACUUGUGUUUGUCCGACGGGACGGACCGUCGUCACGGGCGGAGCCAACACGGUCGUCACCGUCUGGGACCUGGGCAAGAAGCAAUUUUCAGUCCGGCAGCACCUCUACGGUCAUACAGAGGCCGUCACUUGUCUGGCCGCUUCGGCCGGCUAUCAGAUGCUCGUGUCCGGCUCUCGAGACCGGACGGCCAUCGUCUGGGAUCUGUCCAGGUUGGCUUUUAUCCGCCAGUUGACUGGGCACAGCGCUCCGUUGGCGGCAAUUGAUAUCAACGAGUUGACGGGCGACAUUGCCACCUGUUCCGGCACUUGGCUCCAUUUGUGGUCCAUCAAUGGCGACCCGCUGGCCAGCGUCAACACCCUGGUCGGCCAGCAAGUUGGCCGUUCGCAACACAUUCUCUGCGUCCGUUUCUCGCAGUACAACGAGUGGGAUCCCAUGAACGUCAUCUUGACGGGAUCGACGGACGGCGUCGUCCGCAUGUGGUCGCUCGACUACGUCCAGGUACCGAAUGAGGAAUUACCCGCACAAGUGAAGGAAGAAGUGGCAGAGGUGGCAAAACUAGUUGAAGAGUCGGAAGAAGAAUCUCCCGACGAUGCAGAAUUGGCCGGUGAAAUGCUGCAGAGGCAAGCGUCCAUGUGCAGUUUGCCGAGUAGUGGCAGCAGCGGGCACGAAGGACCUGAAAGCACGUCUUCGCCCGUCCCUACCCAAUUAGAUGAAGAAAAUCAGGAACAACCGAAGGCGUUGCAAUCGAGCCGAAGUGAUUCCAGUCUGAAUGGCACGUUCGAAAUGAUUAGCGAGUCGGAAGUGAGAGAGAGUGCCAUCCAGCAACAACAACCGCAAACACCCAAGACGUCCAAUGUUGUUGCCCCCUUUGUUGUUCAUCAGCCGGGCAAAAAAUCGCGUCACGUUCUCAAAGAAGGAUUCAAGUGGCAGAGGCAAUUAAUAUUCCGCACGAAACUGACAAUGCACACGGCGUACGAUCGUCAAGACAACAGCGAACCGGCAUCCAUCACGUCUCUUGCCAUUUCAAAGGAUCAUCGAACUGUGUUAGUGGGCGAUGCUCGUGGCCGCAUCCAUUCGUGGAGCGUGACGGACGCGUCGGGGCGAUCGGUGGCCGAUCAUUGGUUGCGUGACGACACGGCCGAAGUGUGUUCCAAAUGUCGAGUGAAAUUCUCGUUGACCGAGAGGCGACAUCAUUGCAGAAAUUGCGGCCACGUUUUUUGUUCUCGGUGCAGCCGCUACGAGUCGGAGAUUAUGCAACUGAGGAUCCGUCGCCCAGUCCGCGUCUGUCAGGAAUGCUACGCCGCCCUGAAGAUUUCGAGCGACGGCACGUCUUAAUUUCAAGUCGACAAAAAUCAAGGAGUUUUAAACAAAAAAAUGACAAGGAACAAAGAAAAAGAGGUGAGAAAAGAACAAUGCGAGUGAGAUUGGUAGAGAAGAAGAUAGGACAGAUUGAGAUUGGGAUGGUUGCCCAGUUUCAAGAUGGCCGCUUCAAACAACAGGUUGGUAAUCUUGUGUUUUGUGUAGAUCUUUUAUUAGGUGCCAGUCGUUUUUUAGCAGAUGUUUUAAAUUUGUAAGUCAAAAGACAUUCCAACCGUUUGCACACAAUCAAAUGGCAAAGAAAAUUGUAGAGAUUUUUUUGACACACGUCAUUUGGGUUUCGGCGAGUGGAAUUAGAUUUGCAUAUCCACGCCCUUCUCCUAUAAAACGUCAAUCAUUAUAAACAAAAAGAAUAAUUAAUAAAACUAUUUAUGAUUUUAAUAGCCAGACAGUUUAUGUAUAUGCAUUUCAUUUCCUAUAGGCGACUCUCUUUUGUUUUUGACGAGAACAGACAUUUUUCUGUUUCAUUUUCUUUUUUUCUUCGAUCCCUGUUGUCACGUUCCCUUUUACUUAUUCCCCGUUAUCUAAUCUCCUGCCUUUUUGACACCCAAACACCAGCCCAUCACAUAGACUAAGACUAAGAAGCAAAAAAUGAGUACAUAUUUGAUUCGGUGUGCGCGUAGUGAGUUGUAUGUACCACGUAGGAAGAAAAAUGUUGAUUGUGGUGUUAUAUUACAUUUGUCGUCGUCUCUUGUCAGUGUAAAGCUAUUGAAUUGGGAAAUCUCAAUCCCGUUCGUGGGAGAACAAAAAAAAAAAAAAAGAGGAAUUCAUAUAAUACAAGGCAAAGAUGUGUACAACGCAAUGCAAUCGAAUUGAUUUAUAUUUACUGUCUAUGUUUCCCUAGUGGUCCUAAUGCAUUUUAAUUGAUAACCAUGCGUCUUAACGUCUGCUUUCGUCAUUGUAAUCUGUUUUGUUUUCUGUUGGGUGGGCCGUGCAAUUUGUAGCUUCGGUGUCACAGGCAUCCGCACCAAGGUCGACUCGAUUACCAUAACCGUCUAUUGUUUCAUUUCGAUGUAAAAAGACAAGCACAAUGUGUGCACCCUUCAAUCAUUUGAAUGACAUAAAACAUGCAACGACGAAUACUACUAAACAGCAGAAGCCGGCCAACGUUCAUCCAUCAUAGGCUUUAUCUAAUGUUUAUUGUGACUUAAGAUAUACAAGUCGUUCAAGAUUGAUCCAGGUUACCCACUGAUAGUACAGCUUACUCAUCCAACAUCCAGCCGUUGAAGUGAGUGUAAUGGUCAGCAUCAUCGUGGAGCAUCACACCUGCAGUGUCAUACUCAAUUUCCAGCCAGAGUUGGUCGCCAGCUUGGAGACUGAGCGUGGACUGGAGAAACAAUGGGCUCCAUUGAUCAUCGACGGUGUUGGCUUCGUCAACCUCGGCUGAGCCAACGACGUUUCCGUUCAACACUAGGGAAGCCGAUAGCCAAACGUAAACGCCAGAUGUAGCUGGGAAAAGAGCCAUGCCCGAGAAGGAGAAGGCGUAGAUACCGGCACGUGGGGCCGUGAAUUUCCCUGUUGCCAGAUCCAUGGCAUUGCCAACGUUCAGAACGGCGAGAUCGAAAGGCAACGGAGUGGCUAAGGUGGAGAAAGGUGCGCUCCUUUGUGCGUAGAAAUACACCGGCGACGACGG